UGCGGUGCUACACCACCAUGAUCCAUCUCUACCGAGGCGACCCUUCCAAGCGAUUCAUUGACCCGGCGGCGGCGGUGCGAUCCGCGCUGGCGGAGGCGCUGGUGCACUACUACCCGCUGGCCGGCCGGCUGCGCGCGGAGGCCGGCCGGAAGCUGGUUGUGGACUGCGCCGGGCAGGGCAUCGUGUUCGCGGAGGCGGACGCCGACAUCGCCGUCGACGAUCUCGGUGACGUGCGGUACCCGCCGUUCCCGCGCUCCGAGAAGUUCACCUACGACGAUCACGUCUACAGGGCGCCCCCGGCCGGCGUGCCGCUAUCCCUGCCGGCAAUCAUCGACCAGCCCUUGAUGUUUGUCCAGGUGACACGGCUCAAGUGCGGAGGCUUCACCGUGUCCCAGCAGAACGCUCACUGCAUCUGCGACGGCCCCGGCCUGGCGCAGUUCUGGAAGGCAGUCGGCGAGCUCGCCCGCGGCGCCGGCACGCCGUCCGUGCCGCCCGUCUGGGCCAGGGAGAUCUUCAACGCGCGGCAGCCACCGCGCCCUUCCUUCGCUCAUCACGAGUACAGGGAGCCAGCAGACGGGCGCGACCGGUUCGAGUCCACGCCACCGGACGCCAUGGCGCGCGUCCAGUUCUCCUUCUGGCCUGACGCGAUCGCCGCGCUGCGCGGCCGGCUCGCGCCGGGAGCGGCAUGGGCGUCCCAGUUGGACCUGGUAGUGGCCUGCGUGUGGCGGAGCCGCACGGCGGCGCUUGGCUACGCGCCCGGGGACGAGGUGCGGCUGAGGAUGCCGGUGAACGCGCGCGGCCGGCGCGCGGACGCGUUCGGCUGCCAAAUCCCCGCUGGCUACUACAGCAACGCGUUCGCCUUCGUGGUGGCGCACUGCACCGCCGGGGAGCUGUGCGGCCGUGGGCUGGGCUACGCGGUGGAGCUGAUCAGGGAUGCCAAGGCGAGGGUGACGUACGAGUACAUGCGGUCGGCGGCGGACGUGAUGGUGCUGGAGGGCCGCCCUGUGAGCGCGAGGAAGCGCACCUUCGGCGUGUCGGACGUCAGGCAUGCCAGGUUCGACGAGGCCGAGUUCGGGUGGGGAAAGCCAGUCUACGUCGGCGUCAUCACGGACGCUCACCGCGGCGGCGCCACCUUCCUCAUGCGGGGCAAGGACGACAGGGGAGAGGACGAGACGUUCAUCGGCAUCUACCUCCCGGGAGACUGCACGACAAGGUAUCGGAUGGAGGUGGAGGCACUCACCGCUGCCGCGGCCACCGCAAAGAAUAUGCAACUGCACAUGGAAGAAGUGUCUUCAGCUCCUCUUGCCUUGCGCGCACGCUAUUAA